AUGAAAGUUGCCCAAAAUAUAACUGAUAGUAGCCUUGAUAAAGAAACAGAACAAAACGAAAACACACCAUCUCCACUUCCGACACAAGGAGUGCCAUCGCUACCAGGCCCUUCUCGCUAUGUGCCUGCAAAUCGGAAGAGAUCAAACCAAGCAAUAGAUGAUUUCGAGGCGCAAGCGUUAGAGGCGUUGCAAGAAAAAGAAAACCGCCAUUUGUCGUUUUUCAAAGGAAUUCUGCCUUCUUUAGCUGAUUUUACUGAAUUACAAACAUUAACAUUUCAAAGUGGAGUGAUCAAAAUGAUUACCGAAAUGAGGUUUGGGGAACAGAGUCAAUCAACAACAUGGCAGUCACGCAGAUUGCCAACUGGGCAGCAGUAUAUAUCAACACCAUCGGAGUCAAGUGGAUAUCAAACUGGAUUACAGGUCCAACCGCUACCACCAUCGCCAUCGGGGUAUCAAACAGCUGAAUACUCAUCGAACACUACAUUUAGUAACUUUACCGAUGAUAGCCAGGAAGAAGAAUAUAACUUCGCUUUACUCUCUAAUAAUAAUACUUAA